AUGUCUCUUCUGCUUCGACUCUCGCGAUCGUUCAGAGGACCAAUUAUUGCCAUCUCUCGUCCUUGUCUUCUUGCCUCAAUACCACAGCACCGAAGCACUUUCCAUACUUCCCCAGCUUCCAACAUGCCGCCUAAGAAACACGCCCGCUCCGCGUCUCACGAAGAAGGCCACCCAGAGCUGAAACAUCCCUCCACAAAGCGAGCAAAAGAAAUCGACCAACACACCCCCUACGAAGAACUUGUCUCCCUCCUCGACGCGAACGAUGCCUCAGCCAAACCCAAAAACGUGCUACACUGGUUCCGCAGCAAAGACCUCCGCCUCGAAGACAACCGCGCCCUCCACGCAGCCUCCCAAAAAGCCAAAGAGGGAGACGGUAACCUCAUCUGCCUCUACCUCCACUCCCCCAAAGACCUAACAUGGCACGGCACAUCCCCCGCGCGGCUAGAUUUCAUCCUCGAAACCCUCCGCCUAAUGAAACAGCAGCUCGAAAAACUCAACAUCCCCCUCCACAUCGCCACCGUCGAAAGCAGGAGCGUCAAAACAAAUACAGUCCUAGACUUCGCCGAAACUUACGACAUAACACACAUCUACGCCAACAUGGAAUACGAAGUCGACGAACUCCGCCGGGACAUAGACCUCUCCAACGCAGUCGUGAAAAACGACUACUACGACAUUUCCUUCGAGGUAUUACACGACCAGACCGUCAUCACGCCCCUAACGCUCACAACAGGAGCCGGCUCACCGAUGAAGGUCUUCACCCCGUACCAUAAAGCCUGGCUCGCCGAGACGAAGAGUGAGCCAGCGUUGUUUGAGGAUUUGGUCCCGGGGCCGGAGGCCAAUGGGGAUGGGGCGAGGGAGGAGUUGAAGAGGUUGUUUGGUGGGGAUUUGCCUGGUAUGCCGGAAGGGAAGAGCUUUGAGCAGUAUGAAGAGGACCGGGAGCGGUUGAGGGCAUUGUGGCCGGCGGGUCAUGAUGCGGGGAUGAAGAGACUUGAUGACUUCUUGGAGAAGAAGGUGAAAAAUUACGCAGCGCAUCGCUCCGAGCCCGCGCUGGAUCCCUCAUCGCGUCUCUCGCCGUACUUCUCCUCUGGCGUGGUGAGUGUGCGUGAAGUGCUGAAGCGGACGAAAGAAUUCAACAACGGGAAGCACUUCGACGCCGGGGACAGGGGCGUUGAUUCGUGGGUCAGGGAAAUUGUGUUCCGGGAGUUUUAUCGGCAUAUCAUGGUUGUGAUUCCACAUAAUAGCAUGAAUCUGCCGCAGAAUCUGAAGUUUGAUUUUGUGGAGUGGGAGGAUGAUGAGGAGGGGUAUAGGAAGUGGGAGGAGGGGAGGACGGGGGUGCCGUUGGUUGAUGCGGGGAUGAGGCAGUUGAGCAGUGAGGCCUACAUGCACAACCGCCUCCGCAUGAACACCUCCUCCUACCUGCGCGCAAACAUGCUGAUCGACUACCGGCGCGGCGAGCGCUACUUUGCGGAAACACUGAUCGACUGGGACCUAUCCAACAACACGCAAGGCUGGGAGCCGAGCUACACCAUCUUCAACCCCGUCGUGCAGGCGGAGAAGUGUGAUCCCAAUGGCGAUUACAUCCGGAAGUGGGUGCCGGAGCUGAAGGAUGUGAAGGGGAAGGCGGUUUUUGAUCCGUUCAAUAGGUUGAGUCAGGGGGAGUUUGAGAAGUUGGGGUAUCCGGAGCCGCAUGUGGAGUUUAGGGAGAGUCAGACGAGGGCCAAGGAGAGGUAUAAGAGGGAUCUUGCUGAUGCUGAUCCGUGA